AUGUGUCGAAUUCUUAAGAAGCUCAGACACUUUAACAUCUCAGUUGUCAUUUGUGUACAGACAGCAAAGAGUUUAAGUAAGGAUGUUAAAAGAAUACUUACUGACAUCAUACUUUUCCCUGGAUUGUCCGAAGACGAUUUCAUGGAACUUAUGAAAGAGUCCAUGGCAGGUAAGUUUGACAGACAUGAACUAUGGGAGAAGUACAAAGUCAUACAAGACCCUCAUACUUCUUUCAGAAUUCAUAUCUACGCAAACAAAGUUCAAAUUGUAAAAAGUCAAUAA